AUGGUAGUAACGGCUCCAGCAGCGGUCGCACAGGAUGGAUGGCCGGAUUGUGCAGGCGGCAAUGCGGUGGUCAGCGCGGUGGAUGACGAGCAAUACAACGUCUGCGUACAAGGCGUGACCGAGGCCGUUGGCGCGGUCGAAUCGGCGGCUACGGAGGAGGCAGGCGGCCCUAGCCCAGUCCGAGGUGGUCUACUAGCAGAAAAAGCAAAACUCGGGUGUCUGGGCCUUGCGUUUGCAACAAAGGACAAAGGCCAGACGUCUGCACAGGUUGAGGAGGAGGAGGAGGAGGAGGAGGAGGAGGAGGAGGAGGAGGAGGAGGAGGAGGUGGUGGUGGUGGUGUUGGCGAUGGUGGAAGAUGAUGAAGAACAAGAAGUGGAAGAGUGA